AGGAGGGUGGCGGCGCGCCUGGCAAGAGGGGGCGCUCUUGGCCCCUCCUGCUGCCUGCCAGCCAAGCGAGCCCCCCCCCCCCAUCCUCCUCCUCCUCUUCUCUCCCCAGUGCAGGGCGGGGCGCCGGGCGGGCCUCCUCCUGGGUGGAGGCGUUGAAAUAGAGGCGGGCGGGCACGCGCCGGGGUUCGCCAGGAGGGAGGCAGGUCUCGCCCAGGUAGAGGAGCCCGAUGCGCGGCGGCGGCGGAGGCAGCAGCAGCAGGAGGAGCAGCGGCGGCGGCGGCGGCUUCAGCAGGAGCAGGAGGCGGAGGCGGAGGGCGUGAGCCGCGCAAAGGGCGGGCCAGGCGCCUUCUUCCCGCAGAGCUGCCCUUGCCCCAUGGCUACCCGGGUGUUGAGCAUGAGCGUCCGCCUAGGGCCCGAGGAGCCCGUCUUCGCCCAACUCAAGCCGGUGUUGGGCGGCCGGGAAGGCUCGAUCUUCGCACCGCCAGCUCCGGAAGAGCUCAAGCCGCCGGCGGCUCCUCCGCAGCAAUCGAGCGCUGCCCGGAUGCCCGGCGAGGAGAUGGUGCAGACCCGAUGCGAGAUGGAGAAAUAUUUGACCCAGCAGCUUCCUCCCUUGCCCCCCCUCCCCGAGCACAAAAAGUACCGGCGGGACAGUGCCUCGGUGGUGGAUCAGUUCUUCACCAAUGGUGACGGGGUGCCUUACAGUGUCAACAUGAACCUCUACCUGCCGGAUCUGUCCCAGCUGAGGACGGGUCUCUUCAAAGCCCCGAGAGGCCCCGCAACCCACAUCAAGAUAGAGCCGGUCGGUGCCUUCAGCCACCAGAGUGAGACAACUCCUGUAGUCCCCAACUCUGCCCAGGCUCUCCCCGAGUUUACAAGCAUCUUCAGCCCCCACCAGGCGCCGGAUGUGAACAGCCUCUUCAUCAAGCAGGAGAUGUCUGCCUCAGAUCUAGGCCUCUCUGUGCCUGGGCCCCAGCAGGGCCAGCUAUACCAGCUCCUCAGCUCUCCCGAUUUAGACCUGCCGAAUGCAGCGGGGAUGGACUCCCUUAGCAACGUCUCCCUCUCUUCCUCCAUGACGGGCCUGAACACCCUCUCUCCAGCCAUGCCCCAGACCUCCAUGAAACAGUUCCAUGGGAUGCCCCCCUGCACGUACGCCAUGCCCAGCCAGUUUCUGCAGCAGUCGGCCACUUACUUCCCCCCUUCGCCCCCAAGCUCGGAACCUGGCAGCCCCGACCGGCAGGUGGAAAUGAUGCAGAAUUUAACCCCACCUCCGUCUUACGCUGCCACCAUCGCUUCCAAGUUGGCCAUCCACAACCCGAACUUGACCGCGAGCAUCCCCAUGAAUUCGCCGAGCAUGCCAACCGUCAGAUAUAAUCGGAGGAGUAACCCCGACUUGGAGAAGAGGCGGAUUCAUUACUGUGACUACCCUGGUUGCACUAAAGUGUACACAAAAUCUUCCCACUUAAAAGCACACCUGCGAACUCACACUGGAGAGAAGCCAUACAAAUGCACUUGGGAAGGAUGUGACUGGAGAUUUGCUCGCUCGGACGAGUUGACCCGCCACUACCGGAAGCACACGGGCGCCAAGCCCUUCCAGUGCGCCGUCUGCAGCCGCAGCUUCUCUCGCUCCGAUCACCUGGCCCUGCACAUGAAGCGCCACCAGAACUGAGCUGCGUCUUCAGGAGGCAGUGGGCACCUAUGCAACCUGCGGGCGACCCAAGUACCCACCCCCCUUCCAUUAGAAAUAGCUAAGGGUUUGCCUGCGUACGAACUCUUAAUUUUAGAAGCAGAAAAAUAAUAAUAAUGAUGAUGAGGCUAGAAGAAACUGGAAAUGUAUAUUUUGUAUAUUUAUGAGGAAACAGGGAAGACACUAUCCAGAGAGAUACGGAUUGUUUUACUGCGUUAAUGCCCUGUGACUUACUCUUUGUAUCUUGGACUUAGUCCUACAGGUUUCAUCUCAGGGCUGCCUGUCGUGACGUUUUGCAGAUGUUGGGGUGGGUGGGUUGGGGGGGUUCUGGGUAGGCAAAAAGGGGCUCUCCCAUUUGAUCAUGUGACCGUGGCGGAGCAGCGCCACGGGUCUCCAAGCAAGUCACAGUUCUCAGCCAACGGCCGUGCAGGUCCAUACAUCAGUUUCAAUCAUAAAUGUUGCCAGAAUAAAAUCGAAUAAAAAAAAGAAUAAGAUGCAGCGCUUUACUGCUUCUUUCUCUCUCCUUGUCCCUCUUGCUCUGGGAGAGUAGAAAGAAAGAGAAAAGAAAGACCAUUUGACACCCCCCCCCCCGCAGCUGUGUUUUGGUGUGGCCGCAGAAACCAGGAUUGUCAGCCAGCUUUAAAACACUUUUUUCAGUGGUCAGAUUUCAGAUCCUGGUUUCUUCGGCCAUAAGAAGCUCUAAAUCAGGGGUCUCCAACCUUGACAACUUUAAGACUUGUGGACUUCAACUCCCAGAGUUGCAAUUCUGGGAGUUGCAAUCCACAAGUCUUAAAGUUGCCAAGGUUGGAGACCCCUGCUCUAAACUCUGGUUCAGGACUCUCCAUUCCUGCUGUUGUGCUCACCUGCACAAAAGGAGGGGAGAACGAAGAGGAGAUGGUCUCACUGGCUCACCGAGUCUCCACCUUCUGAUCCUGGAAACCAUGGAUGACAUGGGCGUAUGGCCAUCUGACCAACUGGCUCUUUUUGCCCAUGAACCUCCAAAAGACAACAGAAGAUUCAUCCCUUUGGACGAAAAGAUUCUGAUUCCGUGUGAAUUUUGUGCGCACUAGUUUUGCACACAUUGUAAUUAUAAUCUGGCAUUAAUUGAUGUAAGGCAGAUAAAAACAUAUUGCAUAAAUAUGCUUCACUCAUGUUUCCAAAAUACAACAUGAGAAGCCCAUCCCUAAAUUGAAGUAUUAAUGUUUGAAAAGCUGCGUUAUCUGUGAUUUUAGAAGCCUGACCAAAACACUCUUAAUCAGACAGUGGUUUUUUUUGUG